AUGGGUGUGGCCUUGUACCAUGCGCCCAGAUUUUGCUCCGAGCGCGAGAAGCAACGGCUUUUCCUAGAGGAGGAGCAGGCGCGCCGCUAUGAUGCCCAGCGUAAAGCCUUGAUGGAUCACAGUGGCACCAGCUUUGAGCGGAACUACGAGGUGUACCCCGUGGUGGAACCGCCGCCCUUGGCCAACCUCCCCGUGACCAGCGGCGACGGCGCGUCGGAGGCGUCGGCGGAGCAGCUGCAACGUCUGCGGGCGGAGGUGUCAGGCUUGAAGAGUCGAUCUGCCUUAGUACAGCGGCAGAUGUUCGAGGGCCUGUCCUCUGGGAAAAUGGACUUCGAGGACUUUCAGGAUGUUGGACGAGCGUUGGAGCAGUUGAAGGUUGAACCCAAGGAUGAUGCAGAACUCGCACACAAGUUCUCCGUCUAUGAGUCCUACUUCUCCAGCGUGGUCGACCUCCGCGCCGAGCUCUUCGGCCUCUGGCAGCGCGGCGAGGCGCUGCUGGCCGCGCCCGAUGCGCAGACCAUGCGCACGGCCAUCAACCGGGUAGACAGCUUCGACAACUUAUCCAUCCCUGAGAGGAGUCGCCAUUGGUUUGUGUAUCAUAUGAUGAGCACAGCGUCCAACAAUCACCGAAAAAUGCAGAAGAUCAUGGAAGACUUGGAAGAGCUUUUUGAAGCGGCACAGGACGCUGCCAGCAGCGCGAUCUGUGGAACCGUGGAGUUGACGGACGAUCCGCAGCUCGGGGUCAUGGAAGUGAUCAUCGGCCCAUCCUUUGACAUUGAUGCAUACAACGACGGGGUGAAAGGCAACCCGUCCAAAGGCAUCCUCGCAGCUGCGGAGCGAGGCAUUUUGGACAUGGACCGUCAGUACAACGCGGUGAACUUCCAGUUCUUCGCCCAGGCGGCGGAGGCCGGCGUCACUCGUGCCGGCGCGGAGGCCUCCUUCAAGCGUCGGCUCUGUACCAGUCGCUUGAGCUUUUAUAUCGAGGAGUCGCAUGGUUCCCGCAUCUUUCCGCGGAACAUCUUGUCGCAGCUGAGUCUACUGUUCUACCGCCGCAACGAUGCUCUGAGACUUCCCAACGGUCAGGUCAAUGAAUUGCGUGUGGCAACCUGCAUCCGCAAGGCCAUCCCCCGGAUGCUGCGCGCCAUCGUGCUGGACGUCUUCCAAGGGGACCGGAACUUCACGCCGCACGUGGAGAAAGCAGUUCGGGUGUAUUUGGCGCUACAUCAGGUGGCCAUCAAACUGCUGGCAACCUUCCGAAAGAGCUACGAAGUGCUGUACCAAUCGGUGCUGGAAUGGAUCCAGCAGCCCUUCUGCGCGAAGAGUGAUGCGGAAUGGCCAGACCUAGAGGAGUUGUUGUUGGGUUCCUCCCUUUGUUCUGUCCCCUGGUCCUUGCUUCGCGAGGCCUUCGUCCGAAAGCUCUUGGUGCAGCUGCUGGAGAGCACCACGACGAAUGCCAAGGCGCCGAUGCGCCAGCGCUGUGAACACAUCUUCAACCAGCACCGGAACUUUCUGGAGAGAUUGACCUACAUUUUGUCCUUCUUCCAGGCUGGUCCAGGCAAGCUGGCCAUUCAGGACAUGGACAAAAAGUACAGUCGAUGUGCAGGAACGCUGCCCAAGCAGGAACGCGAAGCCCUGGUGGACGCGGCCAAGGAGGGCUCCGGCAUCAGCUCCAUGGUGGAUCUGUGGCAGGCGCUGGGGAUGCAACGCGCCAAGGACAGCGAUGAAUCUGCUGUGCUGCAGCACAUGGAGAUCUUCUUGGAAUACGUCCAGAGCAACGUGGCGGCGUGGCGUGCCGCACCGGCACCAGCAAGCAACAGCGAGGGGCCAGCACUGCCUCCCAGUGCACUGCAACAGUUAGCCACCAUUGGAGCAGAGGCAUCGGGACCUGCCAUGCAUCGGAGCGGUGCCUCGAGGCGCGAGCGUGAGAUGCAGCAGGCGCAGCGCUUGGCAGCGGAGAAGGCGCAGCACCAGGGCUUUCCAAAGCUGCCGCCGUCCAGACGACUGGAUGGGAACUUGUGCUACUACUGUCAAAAGCGGUUCCCCAGCCGCAUGGCGCUCUUCGCGCAUCUGCGACGACUCAUUGAUAAGGAGCGCUUCGUGGAAGGACAUCAUCAAGAGCACUUCAAUUUGAAGGUCUCAGGACCAGAGUUGCUGCCUUCGGGGCCGCAGCAAUGUAUGGCCAAGACCUGUGGAAAGAGCUUCACAUCCAAGACAGAGCUUUGCAAGCACUACUUCCUGAUGGGCGUCCCUGGUUACGAGGACGAGUACCAUGAAGCUUCUGGCUACGACAGCGCUGACGCUGGAGGCGCUUCGACUUCCGUUUUGCAGGAGGACAGUGGCUGGGAAGUUGUGGAGAUGGAGUUGGACCUGUCGAAAUGUGCUGUGUGCUUAGAUCGCCCAGCAGAUGUGGUCCUGGUGCCCUGUGUCUUUUGGGUGACGGCGGCCUUCUCCAUCUUUGCUUAUCUUUGGCUGGUGCUGAUUGUACAGGUAAUCUCUCCGAACGUUAUUGAAGUUUGGGAGGCUUUGGUGACCCUUGGGUGGCUGCCAGUGUUGAUCUUGGUGUCCUACCUCACCGACAUUGGGUGGUUUUCCGGUGUCAGGAAGCAACCACUCGUUGAGAAGCCGGUGUCGCUGAGUUCGGAUGGACAGGUGCCUUUGGCCACCACCACCAGCUCGGGUACGGCGCGACAAGUGUGGCGGCACGAUCUGAAACGCUCCAGGGAUUACCCCGACUUUAGCGAGUUGAGCCUGAGAGGGGAAGCAGAUGACAUGGGACGCGAGCUGCUCGCAGAGCGUUUGGUGCUUAGUGGUGGCAGCGGAUCCAUGGAUUCCCUUGGAAAUCAGUUUGUUGCUUCCCUUUUGAUGAAGCUGACGACAAUCACAGCUUAG